ACCCCCCGCUCCCGCACUCCGGCACGGUCGCGCUGCACAAAAGGGGGCCGAGGACGCGCGUUCUCCUGCACGGCACCACUGCCAGCUCCAGCUCGCACGUACACGCCGCGCCCCGUUGCCUUGCCGAGCUUACUGAUCUCUUUCCACGCUGUCAACUCCCCUGCCCUGCUCUCCCUUCCGCCGUUCACACUGCCUGCACCACGCCUCAGCCUCCUUCCUCCGAUCCCCUGUGGCGGCACGGCUAGGCGUGCGGUGCGCUCUUCUGCUGGAGCGCUUGCAGCGGCCGCGCGAGAGGCUGCUUGUGCCGGCGACUUGAGCACAGCGAGGAGGAGCUUGCUGUUACAGUUUGUGCUGGGUGCGAGGAAAUGAGCUGCUUGGGCUUGUUCAAGAGGAGGUCGAGGAGCGGGGGGUCGUCCCGGAAGCGGGGUGCGCCGGCGUCGGGCUCCGCGACCACGACGGCGUCGGUGUCGGCGGUGAGCACGAGCCGGUCGGACGACUCGGGCGCGGUGCGGCCGGUGAGCAAGUCGGCGGGGUCGGCCGGCUCGUCGUCGCAGUCGCAGCGGAGCAUCUCGUCGCUGUACGAGGAGCGGGGCCACGGCCAGCUGCGGGUGUUCGACUACGAAGAGCUCCAGGGCGCCACGGGCGACUUCGCCCGCGCGCAGAAGCUCGGGGAGGGCGGGUUCGGCAGCGUCUACAAGGGCUUCGUGCGCCCGCUCGACGGCAAGGGAGGCCGCGUCUCCGUCGCCGUCAAGAGGCUCAACCAGCACGGCCUGCAGGGACAUAAGCAGUGGCUGGCAGAAGUACUGUUUCUUGGUGUUCUAGAGCACCCAAAUCUUGUAAAGCUACUUGGAUAUUGUGCUGUUGACACUGAAAAAGGGGCACAAAGAUUGCUGGUCUACGAGUAUAUGCCCAACAAGAGCUUGGAAGAUCACUUGUUCCGCCGAGCUAAUCCUCCGCUAUCGUGGAAUAGAAGGCUUCAGAUUAUCCUGGGUGCCGCCGAAGGAUUGGCUUACCUGCAUGAAGGGGUAGAAGUUCAGGUAAUCUACCGGGACUUCAAAACGUCGAACAUUCUACUGGACAAGGACUUCAGAGCAAAGUUAUCAGACUUCGGGCUAGCCAGGGAGGGACCAACUGGAGCAAACACUCACGUCUCAACUGCGGUCGUCGGGACGCACGGGUACGCGGCGCCGGAGUACAUGGAGACGGGGCACCUGUCGGCGAAAAGCGACGUGUGGAGCUUCGGCGUGGUGCUGUACGAGAUCCUGACGGGGAGGCGGUCGCUGGACCGGAACCGGCCCGUGGCGGAGCAGAAGCUGCUGGAGUGGGUGGUCCAGUUCCCGCCGGACAGCCGCAACUUCCGGGCGAUCAUGGACCCCAAGCUCCGUGGCGAGUACUCGGCGAAGGCCGCCAGGGAGAUCGCCAAGCUGGCCGACACCUGCUUGCUCAGGAACGCCAAGGAGCGGCCCACCAUGAGCGAGGUCGUCGAGGUGCUCAGGCGGGCCAUGCAGGCGCAGGCUGAGCCGGCAGGCGGCGACAGCAGGAGCGGUAAGGGGAAGAGGGCCGACGCGGCCGCGACUUCCAGGAGGUGAUUGCUACAUUGUCGUCGCCGGGCAAUGCCUGAGUCAAUUGGUCAGGGGGUAGUGGGGGGGGGGGUUACUUGUAUCUUUUUCGCACAUCAACUUAGACGACUUGUGUGUAUAGAUAUGAGUUGGCGGAUUAUUAUUAUUUUUCGAAAGUGAGCUCUUAGAAAUGUUAUCUUGCACUGAAGUUGUUUCUUUCUGUUGCAACACACUUCCACCCACACCUUAAUCUAGCGAGUUAGCUUUUUAGGUCUAAUGCAUCUGAUUUAAGUCCAACAGCCAGAUCUCUUGUGUAAGAUGAUGAUGAUGAUACAAGUUGGGAGGAUCGAUCAGGUAAGAAACAUGUAACAAAAGGAUACUAGUAUUGAUGAUUGUAUCGGCAACUCAGACUACCCAA